UGACCGCGCUCGUGUCUGAAAAAGUAAAGACAAAGAUGUGAUCACAUAACCGCGGACAAAAAUUGCACCGUCUGACCCCAGCUGCUCUUAGCUAUCUCAAAAAUUCCCCUCUCGGCUUAUCAAAUUCUGCAGGUAAUUCUCUUAAAACGUGAGUACCCGAGAGAUGCCGAAGCCGCGCUAUGAACCAACGUCUUACAACGUCGACCACCAUCCGGUACUCGACGCUGUGCCUUAUGUACCCAGAGUACCGCCGAAGCCAUUCUGCAUCAAGCAAUCUGUACAAGAGUACCGAGACAAGGUUAAACCCGACUGGUGGGAAAAAUUAGAGCACCAGGACGCGAAGGCCCAGAAGGCGCAGCAUGGCAGAGAUGUGAAUGCUGACAAGAGUACUUCAGGUGGUCUGGCAGGCCCUUCACAAAGCAAGUCAGCAAGAGCUCCUUGCUGUCCGGGAGCCCGCAGUGAACGGAGCGUACGCUGUCGUCCCUGUGUCCACCGACGUCCUGCUGUCUACUUUUGCCCGGAUGUCUCGUUGCACUCGAUAGUUCCCCGAAGUGUCCGGAUUGAGCCGGCUUUCAAGUAUCGAGACCGUGAAUGCUAUUAUCAGCGCUACGCACGGGAUAAAGGAAUUUGCCAGUCAUUUGUGCCUCUGCUGCACACGAUGCGGAACUGCGAAUCCCUCAAGCGCCCUCGAGUUCUGCAACGUGGGCGGCUUCGCUGAUGUUUGAAGACGUUUAUUGUGUCUUCUGCCGAAGUUCGUUUUUGCUGUAGUGGUUGGAAAAUGAGAAACGUAUGUGUUGAAUGCAGCUGUGUUGUACUUCCAUCGAAUUAUUGCUGAUCAUUAAAUUAUAGUGAUCGUCCAGGG